AUGUCGCCAUAUGUCUUGCAAUUGCUUGUGCUGCUCAGUUUAAGUUCUGCUGCUUUUGCCGAUGAGUUCAAAAAUCCGGAGCGUCACCACAAGAAACGCCAAAUCUAUCGCGAGCAAGUGCUGCCACAUGCGGGUGGCAAGAUACCAGAUACUGCCUUUGAGACCGAUCGUCUGUUUCUCAACCGUCUGCAAAAGGAGGGCAUCUCGGUGCCCGACGGCAUUGUGCCCCAACAACGUAGUCCCCAGGUCUAUCAGUAUUAUGAUAAGGGCAUGCGCACCGUUUAUCAUAUAGCACUAAGUUCGGAUGGUCGUUAUACGCCGAGGGAAGGUCGUUAUCACUACAGACAGGUGCCCACCGUGGAGACCACUUAUCUGUAUCCCCAGGCUGUGGGUCGUCCGUAUGUGUUGGUGCCACCAAAGCAUGCCUUGCCCACCUAUCGCCAACUGCAGCUGCACAAUCCGUUGCUCAAUCAGGUGAAAUUCCAGCCCAAGAAAGUGCCCAAUUUUCUGGAGCUUGCACCCACAGUGGGCAAGAGUCAUGUGAGCAGUCCAUCCAAGGCGCAGUCCUAUCAAAACGUGAAUCUUCUGCAUGGUCCAGCGCUGUCCGCGUUUAAGAAAACCGCCGGUGGCAGCAAAACCUAUGUGGAUAGUUAUGGCAAAACCCAUCUUUAUAGUGGAUUUGAUGAUUUGCUCAGCAAACUUGAUUUGAAUCCAGCAAUGCAAAAGUUGUAUUAG